GAAUUGACAUUCAAGUGACAUUCUGCUGUCGCCUUUUUGCAUCCACCGAAAAAAGACAACAUCGCACAGUAGAAUAAGUUUUUAAGCAGGUAUUUAGCUAGGAAAAAUGUUCUAGAACCAAACGAAAACAGUUUCCCUGGUGGUGUAACGCUAUUCCGCUGCUGAAGCACGCAAAAUCCGUCCCGAUCGGAACGAGAACCAGCCCGAAAAGAUCGUUUCUUUUUUGGAUAGUUUUUUCUUCCCCAUUCGAAAAGCGAAGUCUAAAGUUGAUCAUACCAACGGACAGCAGGAACCGAAAUGAGGAGUCGCAGUAAUUCCGGAGUCCGGUUGGAUUACUACCAACGGAUCGUCCAUCGUUUGAUUAUGGCCCACCAGCAGCCAGUUACCGGAUUGUUCCCGGCCAGCCCUACGAAUCCGCAUGCCUGGGUUCGAGACAACGUGUAUUGCAUUCUGGCCGUUUGGGGGCUUUCGAUGGCUUACAAGAAGAUCGCCGAUCAGGAUGAGGAUCGUGCCAAAGCGUACGAACUGGAGCAGUGCUGUGUGAAGCUAAUGCGAGGACUACUGAUGGCGAUGAUGAAUCAGAAGGAUAAGGUUGAACGGUUCAAGAUAUCGCAGAACCCGUAUGAUUCACUUCAUGCCAAAUACAACAGCAAAAAUGGCCAAACCGUGGUCGGCGAUGGUGAAUGGGGUCACUUGCAGAUCGAUGCCAUCUCGCUGUACCUGUUGAUCUUGGCACAGAUGACUGCAUCCGGGUUGCAGAUCGUUUUUUCACUGGAUGAAGUGUCCUUUGUUCAGAAUCUGGUUUUUUACAUUGAAUCUGCUUACUGCAUUCCGGAUUACGGCAUCUGGGAACGGGGAGACAAAUCGAACCACGGUCAGACAGAGCUUAAUGCCAGCUCUAUUGGAAUGGCCAAAGCUGCAUUGGAAGCGAUGAACGAACUGGAUUUGUUUGGAGCUCGGGGUGGUUCCGGCAGCGUAAUUCACGUGUUGGCCGAUGAGGCUCACAAAUGUCAAGCCGUGCUGCAGUCGAUGCUUCCGAGGGAAUCGAACAGCAAGGAGCUGGAUGCCGGAUUACUUUCGGUAAUCGGAUUUCCAGCUUUUGCUUGCGAUGAUCCUCAGCUGAUAGAAUCCACCCAGGAGGCGAUCGUUAGUCGACUUCAGGGUCGCUAUGGUUGUAAGAGAUUUCUCCGUGAUGGCUACAAAACCCCGAACGAGGAUGUCUCGCGGCUUUACUACGAACCCUGGGAGCUGCGAAUGUUCGAGAAGGUUGAGAGCGAGUGGCCGUUGUUCUUUUGCUAUCUGAUUCUGAACAAGGCGUUUCAAAAUGAAAAGGUGGACGUUGCGGAAUACGCGCAGAAGUUGGAAGAUAUAUUGGUUAAAACAGAGGAGGGUAUGCGUCUUGUGCCGGAGUUGUAUGCCGUUUCGAAAGACGUUAUGGCUGCUGAAUAUCAAAAUCCGGGCUCCCAACAGCGGAUGGUUGUUGGCCGAUGUCCGUUUCUCUGGGGGCAGUCGUUGUAUAUUUUGGGCAAACUGCUUCAAGAGGGAUUUCUCGCGGUCGGUGAACUGGAUCCACUGAAUCGUCGUUUGGGAGCUCAGAAGAAGCCUGAUGUGGUUGUACAGGUCGUCAUCCUUGCCGAAGACAACGACAUUCGUGACAAGCUGGCCGAGCACGGAAUUCACGUGCAAACUAUUGGCGACGUAGCUCCGAUUGAAGUUCAGCCGGCUCGCGUGCUUAGCCAUCUCUACACGUAUCUGGGCCGCAACAAGAAGCUUGGUCUCAGUGGUCGUAAAUCUCGCGACGUUGGUAUUCUUAGCACCAGUAAGCUGUACUCGUUGAAGGAUCGCAUCUUCGCCUUUACGCCUCAGAUAUUCGACUAUGACGAGUAUUACACGUCCCGCGAUCCGGCACUGCUGGUCAGUAAUUUCAUGGACGUUCUUGCGUUCCUCAGCAUAAGCUGGCACCAUCUGCUUGGCCGUCCGACGAUAACACUGACUGCCACACAUUGGCUUAUAGACAACAAUAAGGUUCCGCUGGCGAUGAUGCAAACGAUGAAGAAGCUAAAGUCCGGUUACAUCAACGGCACCCGAGUCAUUUUGGGCAAUCUAGGAGACUUCAUCAAUACGUCGGCCAUCACCGAUCUGAGUUUCCUAGGCAGUCAGGAGGAUGGUUAUCCGGAUAAACUCAACCCGGCAGUGCAAUCCUAUCUGGAUGAACAUCUGCUUCGUUCGUUCAGCCAUCGCGCUUCAACUACUUCGAUUCGAUCGUCCGGACUGAGACCGAGGAACCUACGUCGUCGGAUGUCCGUCAAGGGUGCUAUCAAGAAAACACGAUCCAUCAAUGUUGAUUCGGAAACCCUCGGCAUGGAGGGCAGCAUAACCGAGCGACGUUUAUCGCAUUCGAUUACUCCCCAGUGGCUGGAACCUAAUCAGGAUGGCAAUGUGGCAGCCUCCCGGGAUCCUUCACCGAAUCAGCCCACACGUUUCGGUGAACAGCGAGUUUCUAUUGAUGAAACUAAGAAACUACUCAUUCAAACGUCGGCCACCACUGCUACACCUAAGAUUCAGAUUCAACCGUUGCCAAGACAUCGUGCGGCAACGGAGACAAAUUUCGAGAAUGCCGAGGUCGAGGAGCUAAUUGCGAUGCUUCGCGAAACCGAGAGUCUGGAAGAGCAGGGUGAUAUUCUGCAGCAUCUGGUGGAUACACAGGGAUUGGAUUUCAAUACAGAAGUCGUAGGCGGCGGUGCUAAUGAUGAUUCCCAAUCUCAAGGCAUGCUGGAGGAGGGUCGCGUCGUCACUGUCCGGGGUCUGCUCAAGGGACUGUACGAGAAGGCUUGCCAGCAGAAGAUGUGGGGACUGGUGCGUCACACGGCCGGGAUGCUGGGUAAACGAGUCGAGGAUUUGGCCAAGGCCGUAACGGAUUUGCUCGUCCGACAGAAACAGGUCACAGUCGGAAUGCCACCGAACAGCGAAUAUACAAUCACAGCUCCGUUGCCGGAGGUAGAGCUUCGCACACUGAUCCACGAGGCGUAUGGUGACGACGAAAGUACGGCGAUGUUAACCCAGGAGCUGCUGGUUUAUCUGGCUAUGUUUAUUCGUACGGAGCCACAGUUGUUCCACGAGAUGCUACGACUUCGUGUUGGUCUCAUAAUUCAAGUUAUGGCUAAAGAGCUGUCCAGAACGCUCAACUGUGACGGAGAGCAGGCUUCGGAACAUUUGCUAAACCUGUCACCCUUCGAGAUGAAAAAUUUGCUACACCACAUUCUCAGUGGUAAGGAGUUUGCGGUGAACAGUGUCGCCAGAGGAAAUAUAUCGAUCGUAAGUUGCAAAUCGAGUCGCGUCAGUAAGAAGAGUCAAAUUGGUUUCGGUAAAGAAGCAGAGGAAGUUGAAGCUUCCGCGAUCGAUGAUCGGCAGGGCCAAUGGUUGAGACGUCGCCGAUUGGAUGGAGCAUUGAACCGUGUGCCUAGGGAUUUCUAUCCUAGGGUUUGGACAGUACUUGAGCGCUGUCAGGGAUUGGCCAUCGAGGGUCGCGUUCUACCGCAAAGUCUUACUCAAGAAAUGACACCUAACGAGCUUAAAUUUGCUUUGGAAGUGGAAACGGCCCUGAACAGUAUUCCACAGCCGGAGUAUCGCCAGCUGGUGGUCGAAGCACUGAUGGUUCUAACUCUUGUCACCGAGCACAACAUCGUUGCAUCAUUGGGCGAUAUUAUCUACGUGGAACAUCUGGUUCACAAGGCGAACCAACUGUUCCUCGAGGAUCAACGUCAGGUUCAUGGAGAUGCCAUGCUAUGUUGUGCGAAGAACAAGGACAUUCGUGAAACCACCACUUCGGGAAUGCUGCUUUGCGGAGGGGCAGCGUACAUUUGUCAGCAUCUGUACGAUAGUGCCCCUAGUGGAACUUUCGGAACCAUGACUUACAUCGCGAGGGCUGUUGCUUCAGUGCUCGAGGCUCUGCCGAAACAUGGCGACAUGGAUUGCACAAUCUCCUAAAGCGGAAGGCUCUUCUAGUGGAUUAAGUUUAAUGUUAUUGUUUCAAUAAGUAUCCAAAUGUGCUUAAAAAUUUAUCUACUAUUUGCAAACAUUAUGUAGUUACAAUGUUCUAGUGUGUAGGUAAAGGAAUUCAGUGAAGUUGCUGUUCAGGUAUGGCUUAGAAUGCAGUUCGCCGGAGAAAGAUAGAAUUCGUUAUGUAGCAGUCAGUUCUUUGAGUUGGUGUUUAGUUUGGUUUCGCUUUUUAAAUACCUUUCAGUCUAAGUAUUGUCUAACCAUUUAUAGUAGAUCACGUUUCCACCUUUACAUGAAUAGUGAAUAGCAAGAUUAAUAAAUUAGAUGUUAUAGCUAUUACUGAAUUAGCAUACAAGCAAUUGAACAUGUAACUGGAUAUAUAAAACACCAUUCUCAUGAAAA